AUGAGUAACGACGAAGUGAAGGAAGCUUUGAAAAAGAUUAAGUACCGGGCUAUGAUGCGGAAGCAGUUCACGGGUGAGGGUGGCGAUGACGUCGAGCGAGUAUUUGAAACGAAGCCGCUGAUUGAGAAAAUCAAAUCCACAACCUGGAUUCUUUUCGUGCCCAGGAAGCUCCCACAAAGACCGCGAAAGAUGUUGCCAUUAAUAGUAGGAAUUGAUCCGGAAGAAGAAAAAGAAGAGAUCGCGUCGGAAAUCCUGACUCCUGAACAGAAAGGUAAGCAACGUAUCAAGCAGAUCAAGGCAUAUCCACGACUGUUCGGCACAAAAACCCACAACCCGAUCGACGGUAAAGUAUCACAAGUAAGUGAGAAAUUCGACCUCCUUUCAGUUUAUUGUGAUGAGCUCGAACUGCAGUACUAA